AUGUAUCGAUUCUAUAUAAAUUGUAAUAAUUGGACACCAACACGUGAAGAAUGGAUUCAUGCAACACGUUGUAUAACCCAGACUGAACUGGAACGUAUUGAUAAAUUUAUGUUUCAACGUGAUGCUAAAUUUGCUCUCGCAGGACAAUUAUUAAUUCGUUAUCUUCUUGCACAAGCAUUGAAACGGAAAAGUUCAUCAUUUGAAAUUCGACGUACUGAAUAUGGACGUCCUUAUAUUGAAUCAACAGAAAAAUUUGAUUUUAAUCUUUCACAUCAUCAUCAAUUAGUUGCUAUUGCAGGAACAUUUGAUGGGCUAGUCGGUUGUGAUACAAUGGAAUAUCGAGUAAAUACUCCACCUAGAGAGCCAGUGGAACCAUUGACAAAUUUACUUCGAAACGAAUUUACAAAAAAUGAAUAUGAUUUCAUAUUGAAUAAAACAAAAGAUGAAAAAAUUCGUUUUCGUCAUUUUUAUCGUUUAUGGUCUUUAAAAGAAAGUUAUGUUAAAUGGUUAGGUCAGGGUGUAGGUUUUACAUUAUCAAGAAUGAAUUUUUGUAUAAAAACUGAUGAAUUUGAUGAAAAAAAUACUCAACAAGUUUUAUCCGAUACAAUAUUAGAAUUGGAUAAUAAAUCAGUUAAUGAUCAACUUCGUUUUGAUGAACAAAUUAUUUAUUUACCAAAUAAUGAACAACAAAUAAUAACAUUAUGUUCAUCAACAAAAACUAAUUGUCAACCAUUUACUGAAUUAAAUAUUGAUGAAAUACUUAAAAAUUGUACACCUUUAAAUGAAAAUAAACCAGGUGAAGAAAAAUGGUGGAAUAAUUUUCAAAAGAAAACUACAAAAUAA